AUGAGCCGCAAUAGAUUUAGGCAAAUAUCAUCAUCUUUACAUUUCACAAACAAUGACAAUAUUACAAAUAAUUCAGACAGACUAUUUAAAAUUUUACCAAUUAUAAAUUAUUUUAAACCAAAAUUUUUAAACAUUUAUAAACCUGAACAACAACUUUCCCUUGAUGAAAGUAUUAUACCUUGGAGAGGUAGAUUAUGUUUUAAAGUUUACAAUUCCUCGAAAAUUAUCAAAUACGGUAUUCUGGUUCGAAUGGUUUGCGAGGCAACUUCUGGUUAUAUAUGCAAUUUAGAAAUAUAUUGCGCAAAAGGAUUAAAACUAAGAGAUACCAUCCUGAAUCUUAUGACACCAUAUUUCGAUUUGUGGCACCAUUUGUAUAUGGAUAAUUAUUAUAAUAGUGUGGAAAAUAGCCAAAUUUUAUUGAAACAUAAAAUUAGAAUAUGUGGCACUAUUCGUAUAAAUAGAGAUGUACCAGUAUGUUUAAAAACUGUACAACUAAAAAAAGGAAAGACCGUUUAUCGUAGAAAAAAAGAUGUUUUGGUACAAAUCUGGAGAUCCAAAAAUGAUGUGCGAAUAAUAUCAACAAUCCAUUCCGCAGAAAUGAAAGAAAGUAGAAAUAUUGAUAGGACUACAAAAGAAAAAAUUAUAAAACCCGUCGGGAUAAUUGAUUAUAAUAAAUAUAUGAAAGGAGUAGAUCGGGUCGAUCAGUACAUUUCGUGCUUCAGAAUCGCAAGAAAAACUAAAAAAUGGACAAACAGGGUAUUCUUCUAUUUGUUAAAUUGUGCCAUUUUUAAUGCGUAUCGUGUAUAUAACAAUUUAAACACAAAGAAGAUGCGAUACAAGAAGUUUUUACAUGCGAUUGCACGUAUGUGGAUAACCGAUGAUAUUCAAGAUGUAGACGACGAUGAAGAAAAUGAAGAAAACCCUGGACCAUCCGAAUUGCGCACAAGACGCGCACCAAAAUUAGAUCCGCCAACAAGAUUAUCACAAGACAUGAAACAACAUAUAUUGGAAAAAAUAAUAGGCACUGGAAAAAUACGCCAUCCUCAAAGACGAUGCCGUGUGUGCGCUAAACAUAAUAAACGGAGUACAACGAUUUACAUAUGCAAACACUGCAACGUUCCACUUCACAGGGGUAAAUGUUUCACAAAAUACCAUACACUUAAACAUUAUUAG